AUGCACAAGAGUGCCAUGCAACUCCACGCCCGGGAGGCGCACCGAAACGACAUCAAACCCCACCAGUGCCAGCAGUGCAUGAAGUCCUUCUCCAGCAACCACCAGCUGGUGCAGCACAUCCGAGUCCACACGGGCGAAAAGCCCUACAAGUGCUCCUACUGCGACCGCAGGUUCAAGCAGCUCUCGCACGUCCAGCAGCACACGAGGUUGCACACAGGUCAGUCAGUCAGUCAGUCAGACUUGUGUUGGAAUAAGUUGACUCGGGGAUACGUCAAUAUUUUCACUCACGCGGAAAUAAAGGGGAUGAUGGAGGACACGAAAGACAAAAAGAGGGAAGAAGAAAGAGGGUGGGCGUAG